CCCAUUGGUCUUUUAACAUAUACGUCUGCAAUAUGGAAGCAAUAUUCCACGAAAAGCAAGAGGGUUCACUUUGUGCCCAACAUUGCUUGAAUGCAUUGCUACAAGGAUCGUAUUUCACACCUGUUGACUUGGCAACCUUAGCACAGCGAAUGGAUGAUGAAGAGAGGAUGAGAAUGGCAGAAUCUGGAUUAGACAGUGAAGAGUACAGAAGGUUUUUAGAGCAACCAUCUGGAAAUUAUGAUGACAGUGGAUAUUUUUCAGUACAAGUCAUCAGUAGUGCUCUUGAAGUAUGGGGAUUGGAGUUGAUACCCUACAAUAGCACUGAACUUAGAGCUUUAGAAGCACAGCAGUGUCCAGAAGCAAUGCAAGCGUUCAUCUGCAACUACCGUGAUCACUGGUUUACAGUUCGUCGCCUUGGACAACAGUGGUUCAACUUGAAUUCUUUGCUGACAGGACCAGAAUUAAUAAGUGACACCUACCUUGCCAUGUUCUUGGCACAACUACAGCAAGAAGGUUAUUCCAUCUUUGUAGUCUUUGGAACAUUCCCGGAAUGUGAAGCAGAUGCCUUACUAACAUUGGUUCCAGCAGUUCAGAGUGUGAAACCACAAUCUUUGGCACCCUUAAAGGGCCAGAAUGUGAGCAGUGUGGCAUCUAAUCAUGAGAGAAGUUCAGAAGAAGAUUUGCAGCGUGCCCUAAAAUUGAGUUUGGGAUCACAGGAGAGCCGAGAAGAGACAGAGCCUGAGCAAGAUGCAUCCUUGCAAGUGGCAAUCUCACGUAGCAUGGGAAAUUCAGGAACUACGUUAAAUAAGAGUAAGGAUAAUCGGGAUGAUCUUGACUUGCAGAAAGCAUUAUGCCUUAGCCUCAAAGGUCAUGAACAAGUUCCUUCAUCUUCAGUAUCUCUGGAGAAUACUAAGGAUGAGGAAGCAGCUGAAUUGCAGAAAGCUCUAAGAUUAAGUCUUCAGGAUGCCAGUCCAACAACAGAACAAGACGACCUAGAUUUAGAGAAGGCUUUGAAGAUGAGUCUUGAAUGUUGUUCUCUGAUAUCUAUUGUCCUAAUGAUAAUCGUGGCAUGUCCCCUGAAAGCUGGAAUGGUUUAAUCAGAAGAGAUGUCCAUUACUAGGUUGUGGCAUAACAAAGAGUGGCACAACAAUGGAAUACAUCAUGCCAUGCAGUGUAAUCAAUGGAAGUACCACUGCGAAUGGUGUUCUAUAUGGGUCCAUGCUGCUAGUAAUGUCAUGCAAGAACAGAGGAAUUGUGUGAAACGGUGUUUUCUUUUGGGUCUGUCCUGAGGCUGUAUCAUGAGGACCAAUGGGACAAGCCAGUCAGCCUGAGUCUGGAGGAGUCGCAAGUCGAGUAGAGUUUGAACUUGGAUGCAGGCAGUCUGAGACAGCCUGAGGCUGAGCCAGUUGUCCCUGGCAGAGGUGUGGGAAGCAGAAGAGCCCCUAUUGUUGUAGGUUGCCAUGUAGCAAUGCUGAUUCUAGUCAUGAGAUAGGCACCAGGUGGUGAGGACAGAAGCUGCUGAGUGCAGAAGCUGAGGGAUCUACAGCAUUCAGAGUGUUACCAGGCAACAGCUGGUGAAGACACAGAAGAUUGAGAAGACUUCAUGUGUGCUUUGUGAACUGUAGAGUAUAUGAAUUAGUGAUAGUGCUAGAGGUCCUUAGAGUCCAGUAAAUCUGAUUACUAAUCCAAACCCUGACUAUAGUCAUCCUUAUAACAUGACAAGAUUAUAGUCUUCAUACUGUACUGAUUUGCUUGGAUAUUCCUUGAGUGUAUCUACUUUAUUUUGGACAGAUUUCUUUUGUGGCCUAUAAGAGAACUUUCGCACUACUUGACUAGUAGAACAUCGUGGUGAAAAAUGUAAGGGACAGGAUUUAUAAGAGUAUUAUUCUGCAAGUAUUCUUAGUGUUUGUUUUUGACAUUUUUAUUUUUUCUUCUGUCACUUCUGUUAAUUCCCUGGUAUGUUGUGCUAUGCAGAACAGACAUUGGAUCCAUUUUGUUAAAUUUGCAUGCCUCUUCAGUGUUUUGCUUCAGUGCAUGUUGAAUUCUAUCUCUUCUGUAUUGAAACUUACAUUUUGAUUAUACUGAUUGACAUACCACAGCCAAGAUAAAUAAGAUUUGAUGCCUAUUUGAUUAUAUAUUUGUUACUUAUUUGCUUAUUAAAUUUUAAUUAUUGUCUAAU